ACGCACGAAUCCUCAGCGCCUCCGGUCUCGAUCGUUCGCCGCUCAUCGUCAGUCGGCGAUCGGCGCUCGUGCUGUUUGUAUCGUAUUUACGGGCGUCUCGAACUCGUGAUCGUAUGUAUUUAUCGCCGCGAGAAUUCGUGUGAAUAUUUCAGUGUCGCGAGGUGUCUUAAAAUUAUAAAUUCUUAUUUUUAAUAGAACAUUUUAUUUUUGAUCUCUGUCAUUAUACUUUUUAUCCUCGUAAAAUAUCGUAUCGAACGAUUAAUUGGCCGAUAAAAAUAUUCCCAAUCGUGAUACAUAUCGAUUAUCUUAUCGUGGUCUAUACGGAAAGAGAGAGAGAAAAAAGAGGUGUAGUUCUCGUUGUGGCGUUACUGCGAGUGUUACGCAAUCGUCACGACCAACCGGUAUAAUGAAGUCGAAGACGAGCGAAAAUUUUAUUGCGAGUGAAAGUAACGGGGUCAAGAGGGACCAGGAACUCAAGCAGAAACAGCUGAAAAGGGGUAAAACAUUCUGCCAGUCUUGUAAGAAGAAGUGCAGCGGGGAGGUACUACGAGUGCAGGACAAGUAUUUCCACAUAGGGUGUUUCAAGUGUGCUCAAUGUAACGCGAGCUUAGCGCAGGGUGGUUUUUUCGCGCGCGAGGGCUCUUACUAUUGCACCAAGGAUUACAGGGAACGGUGGGGAACGAAGUGCGCAGGUUGUGGAGAAUACGUGGAAGGCGACGUGGUCACUGCCGGAGACAAGCAUGCCUUCCAUCCCAACUGUUUCCACUGCCAACGAUGCAGACAACCGUUACUCGGACAGGGAACCAAGGUUUCCCUCGUCCAAGGUCAAGCUCUUUGCCACCGAUGCGUCGGUAUCCCUGUGCGAGAGGCCUCGACGCCAAUCGGGAAUAGCUCCGCCACCAGAGGAUCCGGAGAUGGGCCCUCCGACCCCGGUGCCUGCGCUGGUUGCGGAAACCAAUUACGAGAAGGUCAGGCUUUGGUAGCUCUCGAUCGACAGUGGCACGUAUGGUGUUUAAAAUGUCACAGCUGUGACACCGUCCUUCAUGGAGAGUAUAUGGGAAAAGACGGGGUGCCUUAUUGCGAGAAGGAUUACCAGAAGUUGUUCGGCGUGAAAUGCGCCUAUUGCAAUCGUUACAUCAGCGGAAAGGUGCUGCAGGCAGGUGACAAUCAUCAUUUUCACCCGACUUGUGCCCGUUGCACCAAGUGUGGCGAUCCUUUCGGCGAUGGAGAGGAGAUGUACUUGCAGGGCGCUGCCAUUUGGCAUCCCCGCUGUGGCCCGGGCCCUAGCGGACCCAAUGGUAUCGUGAACGGCCACGGAGAAGCUCACACGCCACAGCAUCGAGAAUCGGAACGGAUUUCCAGCAGCGCAUCGGAGAUGCAGUUUUCAUUGCGGUCACGCACGCCAAGCCUGAACGGAUCACUCUGCAGCCCUUACAGCAGCCUCAGUCGCAAGUAUUAUCCCGCGCGAACUGGAAGUCCCGGAUUGAUAUUGCGAGAAUACGGACGUGGUCCAUCCGAAGAUGUGUCUAGGAUUUACACUUACUCGUAUUUGACCGAAACGCCGACCCAAGGAUACUUGAGACGUCCGAUACAGCCGUACGACAAACCUCCGACUAGCCCACACUUUCAUAGACCUAGCUCGUCACGUUCGAUAAGAAGCAGCGGCGGACGCAGCAGCCGAUCUGGAAUGCGUGCUCUGGUCGAUGCUCUCAGCGAGACCAGACCAAAGUCACCGGCCAGUCAAGUAGAUAAUGACGAGCCAAUAGAGCUGGCGCAUUAUCCGGACGCCAUGAAACCUCCUCCUGGAACCAAACCGCCGAUCGAGAGAGAUGAUUUUCCCGCUCCACCUUAUCCUUAUACAGAUCCUGAAAGACGUAGACGAUGGUCCGACACUUAUAAGGGAGUACCUGCAUCCGACGACGAGGACGAAGUGGAUAACAAAACUUAUAUAAAGGAGGUGGAGGAGAAGUUGAAGAAGGAACAGGACGAGCUAAGCAAAAUCGAUACUGGAAUAGCGAAAGUGUUUUUGCAAGAUCGUGAAAAGGAUCGAGAGAAUUUGAGACACAGAGCCGCGAACGUUGAUCCUAGAAAUGCGUCGAGAACGCCAUCAGCUGCCAGAGAACCGACUUAUAGACUGCGAUACGAGAGUCCAGUUGGCGCUUCGCCUUCGAGGAACAUAGAUCACGCCAGACCGUGGGAGGACGAUGAUGGUUUCAGUUAUAGAUCUAGCGUAGGACCUAGUUACAACGUUGGGAGGUCAUCGGCACGUUCCCCGGCUCCCAGAAACUAUCCACCCCUUGGUACUCAACGCGCCUUCACUCUUCCAAACGCCGCUAGGCACUAUCAUUCGGUGAUUGUGAGCUCCCUUCGGCACAUCCCGAAGCCAGGGUACGGUCUGGCACCGCGAAGUCACACCUUCUCCUCGACCGGCGGUUCUGUAUCUGCUCUCCCUGGUGAUUAUUCGUUCAGUGGGAUGGGAGACAAGACGCACAGCACUGAUUUCUCAUCUGGCAAAUCAGAUAUAUCGACAGGAAGCAUCACGGAUGUGGAUCGACGGGCAUUGAAUGAUGGUGGAAUGCUGCCAUCAUCUACCACGUAUACAGGUGGCCUAGGUUCGGUAGUUGGAAGUCACGGGGGCCAUCACGUGAGGAGAUCACUGCCAGACAUGGGGACAGCACCGUCCGAACCGCCGAAACUCUAUCCUUAUCAUUUACUUGUCAUCACAAACUACAGGCUGCCCGCUGACGUGGAUCGUUGCAACCUCGAAAGACAUCUUUCCGACGCGGAGUUUGAGGCAGUACUUCAGUGUACUCGUGCCGAGUUCUACAGAUUGCCGCAAUGGCGUCGUAACGAAAUCAAAAGACGUGCCCGGCUGUUUUAACUGGCAGCUAUCACGCUACGUGUUCUACUUAUUACCUUCAUCGUGUCACGACUGUGUUACCCUGCUAUAGAGUGUACAUUCCUUCGGCGUGGUAGGUGUAUCAUGAGAGAAAAAGAGAACACGUGUUCGGGGAACCAACGAUUCGUACCGGUUUUUUCGAUCGCGAACAUCGACGAUAUCAAAGCGUUGUCAUCGUUGCGAAUGCAAAAUGAAAAUCGAGGCAAUCUCGACCUCUCGUCAUUUCGUACACGUUCACACACGUUCAGACACGUAUAAAUGCAUACACACAUGUUUAAACACGUUAUAAACACACGUUCGCACGAUGACGCAAAUACUAUAAUACAUAUACAUAAAGGAGCACUACCAUUUGACGUCAAUUUUAUUCUCUCAGCAACGAAUCCACAGGCAGCUUGAUUUUUGAUCGUUCACAAACUAUUUCAUCGUAUCCUGUGUUUUCGGUGCUUCUUUCGGGAGAAUCUAUAUGUUGUUCAUAAGGAAACGAAAGGAAGAUACGUUCAACCGUUUCUGUGAUUGACAGAAAAGACCUGCUAACUUGGUCGAAGAUGAAAACUUGAGAAUUGAAGAAAAAGGGUUGACGAAACGUUUAUGAUCCGACGUUGUUAACGAAAGGAAAUAUGUAUUGUAUGUAUAUCAACUAUUAACAGUGAUGGUUUCAUGGGGAAUUCAAAUUUCAAACAGAAAAUUGUUAUCCUGUAUUUAACAUGUACACUUUCUAUGACUAUAAUUUUCACGAAAAGUGGAAAUAGUAGAUGGAUAAUAAUAAUUUUAGAGAAAUAGCUGAAAGUAAAGGUGGUCAGGAUCGUCUAAAAUUUUAUCAUUUAACUGGAACAUCAUCUUAGAGUUUACCCGUGAACGUCGACGUACGUAUAAAAUAGCGCGAUGGGAAGAUGUGCAAGAUUCAAAGCGAAUAGAAAACGAAAAAAAAUGGUAAUACUCGUCGAUACGCAAACGUUGAUGUAAAUAAACGAACGAUGUAAGAGAAAUCUUAGAAAAAAUGAAAGAAGCAACGGAAGUACGAGGAAGUAUAUGCAUAUAUGUACACAAACGUAUAAUACCAUUUUGAAAAUUCGCUUGAAUCACGGAACACACUUACUAUUUGCAAAAAAACUAUAACAUAAACGCGCUACUAUUAUAGAAGUUAUCAUUAUCAUUAUUAUUAUUAUUAUUAUUAUUAUUAAUUUUUAAUUAUUAUUAUUAUUAUCAUCAUCAUCAUUAUUAUUAUAUUUUAUUAUAAGCAAUAUGAAAUUUAAAAUAUAAUUAGAUCCAGCUUGUCGAAUAUCGUAAUUACCAACAUAUUUAAAUAUUAUCAUCAACGAGUUUGCUCUUUCUAUUUUAAUUGGAUAUACGAGAGAUAUAUUUAUUGACAAACAAUAUUACACAAAUUUUCCUCAACUCGAAUUCUUUUAUAUAUAUGGAUCAAACUCGAAAAAUUGAAUUUCGCAAUGCUGACGAUUAAAAAUAUGUAAAACACGAAUAUCUAUCAAUAUUUAUUUGGAUAAAGAAGUUUAUUAUCGAAAAAAAAAAAAAAAAAGAAAAAACAACAGUUACCAGAGCCAAUUAUUCUUGUGCGAGCGAAUAUGUCGGACGACAAGCUGCAAAAAGAGGAAUAUGUUACAAUAGAAUUGUUAAAUUUCCAACAGGAUGCAAUUAUUUGUAUGGUUUUUGUGAAGCAUAACUUUUAUAAAAAUAAUUUGCAACGUAAAAGAAAAGAAAAGAUGCGAUAUGUUUUUCCUAUGUUAAAAAAGAUCCACGCGGGAGUGUGCAUAUUUUAAACGAAUCGAAAAUCACGUUUUACUCUAUAUCUCGCCUUCUAUUCAAAAUUAUAUGUGUCUAUAUGUAAAUGUCGGCAGACAUUUCUAGACAAGGAGUUAGGCGCUUUCUCUGACAUGAGAGAACAACGUCUUUGACAAAAUACGUAUUGCAAUUACUACGUUCGUGCAAUUUCCUGGAGUGUUUCUCGUGGCUUCGUUACGAAGAAGUGGGAAACGUACUUCAUGAUCUUGUGCAAUAUAAUAAUGCGAGCUCGUGAGACGAAGAGAAAGAAAAAAAAA